AUGGGGCUUCAAGUUGGAGCACGAAGAUCGUUACAGAACCUACUCAGAUACAACUCCGGGGACGACGGAAUGUUGGUGUUCCUCGACGAUCUGAUGGAUGUGCUUUCAAGUGUCGCAAGCCUGGACAGGCAAGAUCCGUUGCGUGAGGCACCUUGGGCCACAGUUGCUACAUACAAGAUCCUCCUUGCCAUCUGGAGGUUACUACGUUGGGCGGCAGGAGAAACGCGCCGGAAAGCCGGUUCACAGUCAACCGUCCGAGCCCGCUAUGAGGCCUCAGCGAUAGUGUUCAAUUCCAUACUGGAAGUCUUGCAACAACAGGAGGAAGUCGACGGCCAAACUCGGCGUCUCUCGGUUCGGGAGUCUACCGCAUUGGGCAUGGCACCGGAGGCGAGCGAGGUGCGCUUCAUGGAGACGGUACUACAAUUCUGGAAGGACAGGCCGGUAUGGUCCAUGGGAUCCUUCAUGACGACGGUCUUGGAGGAGAUCGUUUCGGCUGGCGGUUUAGCUUACGAGUAA